UCGGUGCCGCACACACACGUACACGCAGUGCGCCCGUAGCUGUAGCUGUAGAACAUAUUUCGCCUCUGUGGGAAAAAGGGCAGCCACUCUCGGGUUUUGUCGAAGAAUCCAGUAAAGUACUCCUUCCAGACCACAAUUCUCGAAAAUCAGAACGCUACGGAAGUAAACAACAACGACGACGUAAGGCGACCGUUGCUGAUUUGCUAGUGUUUAAAAUUGUGCUCGGUUAAAUCGAUUCCCCUCUCUGCGGAAUGACUCAACCGGAAUAGCACAAGAUCUGUGAUAAAUUGUAGGUUAAGCAAACAUAAAGAGCAGUUCAGUCCAGCGUCCGAUUUUCCGACUUCUAUAACUCUGGCAGACAUUCCUUAACUUGAGCGGAAAGUACUGGACAGUUCCGUCCACCGCGAAAGAGCCUGGUGCUCCGUCCUCGCAGUAUAACGCAAAGAGUGAAACUGAAAACGAUUCCUUUGGAGCCCCUGUAGCAAAGGAGCUUUUUAACGCGUAUCAAUCUACCGUACCGCGAUCUUUCCCGUCUCUUAUCAAACUUUGGUGAGCCAUCGCACAAGAUGCUUGUGGACAGUGUAGCAGCUCAGCAGCACGACGAAAGAAUGAUGACGCAGAUAGCGAGAAAUUGAAGAGAAAAGCGCCACCGUAUUUAGCUUCACGUUGCGUUAAUCGCAUUACACCACACAGACUACGCCAGUGGCUUUAUCUCGACCAACCGGUCGGUUGUUGAGAUGGAUGAUGUUAAGGGAGUGCAGGAACUCCAAAGUAUGAAGGAAGAUCCGCCAUCGCCGGAGUUUACCACCACCAACACCAGCAUAUCAUCUGCAGCUCACCAGAAUGAGGUGGCAUUUAACGAAAAGGACGAUGGACGUGCCGUAUCAGACCACCGUCACCGUCCACAACUGGUCGGGCAGGUCGCCACCUCCGACGCCGUAAACUGUCCCAAAGCCAUCGUUACGAUUUCAGCACCACCAAUGAUGGGGAUGAACGAGAAAGGAAGUCAGAUGGCAUCCAUCUGCCGUACCGGUCCGGAUAGCGAGCCAUCGGAUGUGACCUCCCGCACUGCUACCACUACUUCUUCUACUAGCCAUACCGACGACAAACAGCAGCCGACCCAUAUUGAUUCUGUGACAUUGAAAUGUGAUUUAAAUGAUUACCUGAUUAACUUUAUAAAUGUUAGAUGUAGUUUAGCAGAGUCCAGCACCGCGCAGCCACUCGAUAUCAAGCCGACAGGUCGUUCGCCGGGCAGUACGUCAACUUACACCUACUUUGAUGAGCUGGUGCGCUGUACGGAGCGCGAGCGCCGUUUGUUGCUACGCGGGCCGUCCCACGGGAUGCCCCGGAUGCGGUUGUGUGGUGGUGGGGAAGAUUCCAUCAAUAAUGGCACUAGCGCAUGGGGUACACCGCCGGGCGCCGCUAACGGAACGCUCAGUGCUUGGGGCGUAUUGCCCAAUCAGCAACAACAGCAGCAGCAGCAGCAGCAACAGCAGCAACAACAGCCAUUAGCACCGUCCGCUUGGGGAAGCGUUAGCAAUAAUAGCAGCCCAGGCAGUAACAAUAACAGCUCCACCGGAUCUGGCGGAAGCUCUAACGCGGCGAACGGCAACGCAAACACGCAGCGAGCGGGUGAUCCCAAUUCCAACAAAUCCCAAUCGGCUUCCGGACCGCCGAACGCUUGGAACGCCACCGUCAACCAUGGCGGACGCCCGGGAGGUGGAGCCAAUGCAGCAGCGAACGUUGCGAACAACAACGGCCAUAAUAACAAUCAACAGCUUCAGCAGCAGCAGCAGCAGCAGCAGCAGCAGGCAGCUAACAUGGGCGCUGGCAAUAAUAAUGGAGCCGCCGGGAAUGGAACCGCUACGAAGCAGCUGGAGGUGCUUAAUACGAUGCGUGACGCGCUGUUCGCUCAGGACGGUUGGGGCUGUCAGCACGUGAAUCAAGACACGAACUGGGAGGUACCAGGUUCACCGGAACCGCAAGGUGGCGCAGCCAGUACGGGUGGUGCAGGAAAUGCGGGUGCUAAGCCGGACGGAGGCGGAGCGCACGGCGCUGGACCGAACGGAAGCUGGAAGGCACAAAACAUGAACACCGGCACCGAGCUGUGGGAAACAAAUCUGCGCAGCGGUGGACCUGGCGGGCCCCAUCUUCAACAGCAACAACAAGCUCAACAACAUCUGGCACAACCAGCAAAGACCACGCCGUGGGCUCCGGUCAACAAUCUCGGCGGGACUUGGAUGGAAGAUGACGACGGUGGUGGUGUUGGCACGGCUGCCGUGCCCGAACCAUCGGGUAGUGUGUGGAACGGAAGUGCGGCUGCUGUCGUUGCCGGCGGUGCUGUGCCACUGGUCGGACCGGGUGCCGGCCCUGCGCCGGCCUGGGGUGCUCUUAACAAUGGUAACGUUGUGACGGCUCCACAAGCUGCAGGUGGGGUGGCGGCAACGGUCGGUGGAGGUAUGUGGCCGUCAGGAUCGGGAAAUAAUACCCCCGCCAUAACAACGGCCGCGGGCGCUCCGUCCACCGCCGGUUCAAUGAACAAUCCACAAAUGGCCGCCAUCGGUGUGAAGAAAGAUCUGAACGACUGGGGAACGAGUGGCAUUGGGCCGGUUGGGUCCGGGGCAGUCCCGCCCGGUGGUCCUGGCGUAAUGCCAACUGCAAGCGGUGCUGGCGGUUGGGACGGACGGCAACCGGGCACAACGGGCGCAGGUGGAAGUCUUCCGAUGGGGGCCGGCACUGUUGGUGCUGUCAACGGACAAUCGGCCGGUGGUUUCAACAUAAACGCGGCCUCACUUGGUGCCGAUGCGGUGCUGCGAGGUGAUCCGCGUGGCAUUUCCGGUCGUCUGAACGGUGCAGCAGUUGGCGGUAGUAUGUGGGGAGUCGGAGCCGUUCCGGAUCAGCGAACGGGAGCCGUUCUGCCCGGCGCCGGCGUUAGUGCAGCACAGCAGUGGGGCAAUGGGAAUGGUGGCGGACCGAACAAGCUUCCGCCCACCUCCAACUGGGACGAUGGAAGACCGUCCUCGCUGGAUGAAACGACCGGUGGAGCACUCUGGGGACAGGGUAACGCCGCCGUCGGCCCAUUAUCCCGGCAGAAUUCGGCCGGAUGGAAGGAUGUUGCGGAUGUCAUGAUGCGUCCCGGAGGAGGAGCAGCGAUGCAGCAGCGCAAUCCAGUGCAAGGUGGCGGACCGUUCGGACCCGUCCCCCUGCCGCCAUCCGGUGCUGCGGCCGGGAGUGGUGUGCGAGGAGCGAAUGGUGGCGGGCUUUCCCUCGGCAAAGACGUCCGAGUGGAGUGGGGCCGCCAGAUGCAGGGCAUUGGUCGGAACGGAUCCUGGGACGAUCAGCCACCAGUUGGGGGGGUCGGUUGGGGCGAAGAGAAAGCGGGCGGCGCUCCGUGGAACAUGGAUCUCGCAUCGAAUGCCGCUAUGGCAGGUGGUGGUGGUGGUGGUGGCGGUGGAUGGAACAAAACACCGACCACACCGAAAUCCGGUCUUGGAUGGCCGGAUCCGAGUGAGCUAGGAGGAGCCCCCGCCGGAGCAGCCAAUGCCGGCAUGGAUUGGGGGCUUGACGGUGGUGGGAAGCCUUCGGUCGGUGGUGGUGGUGGUGGACCAAACAAAUCACCGAUGGAAUUUAUACGUGCGAGCAAAGAGUGCCGACUGCUGUGCGAAAUGGGACACAAGAAGGAGGACGUGGAGUUUGCCCUUCGCACGACCAACAUGAACAUUGACGAAGCGAUGGAACUGUUGCGGCACGGAGCUGCUGCCGUGGCAGCCAACGGAUUGACCGCCGGAGGAUGGCGUCGCACACUGUCCGAAGAUCAUACGGGAGGUGGGCUGGGAAUGGGCUUCGAUGGGGCUUAUACGGGUCGUAUUCCGCCGCUCAACCAUGCCACCAGCGGAUUGUCUUACUCACAGAAUAAUCAAAACAUGCUUCACAACAUCCCUGGCGGUGGCGGUCCAAUGGGUGGCCUCGGGCUCGAUGGCACCGGACCGGCCAAUCUGGUGGCGCUCAACAAUCUGAAAUAUCUGUCGCAAGGUGGCGGUGCUGGUGCCGGUCAUCCGUCCUUCAAUCAUAACACACUGCUGCCACCUGGUGGUCGGGGACCGAACCAACAGGCUCAUCAGCAGCAGCAGCAGCAGCAGCAGUUGGCUGCAGCGGCUGCCGGUGCAGCACCACCACCCACCAACCAGCAGCUCCGCGUGCUGGUGCAACAAAUUCAGCUGGCCGUGCAGAACGGGUUCCUAAAUCAUCAGAUCCUCAACCAAACGCUUGCACCGCAGACGUUCGUCCUGUUGAACCAGUUGCUCACUCACAUUAAGCAAAUGCAACUGACGCAAAGCAAUCUGGCACGCAGCGGUUCAACCGGUGGUGUGAGUGCCGUUCAGCUGUCGCUGGCCAUCAACAAGCAUAAAGCGCAAAUCACCCAACUGCAGCAGCAAAUAGCCGCCCAGCAGAGCAUUUUUCUGAAGCAACAGCAGCAGCAGCAGCAGCAGCAGCAGCAAGGACACCAGGGGUCCAUGGGCCCACCGCCCACACUAAUGCAAUCCAAUCCAAAUGCCGGCCUCGGGCUGGAGUUUAUGCGCCAACAGCAGCAGCAGCAGCAGCAGCAACAAGAUCUCAUGGCACUACAGAACAGCUUCGGCGAGAUGGCGCUCGGCAAAGAUUCAAUCAUUACGUCCACCGGAAGCGUCUUCCCGCCACCGGUUGUUCCGCUGCAGCAGCAGCAACACGCCGUCGUUUCGGCAGCCCCCGGCAACAGCGUGAUUGUCAGCGGUGGCAGCACUAGUCAACAGUCUCGUUUAAAUCAGUGGAAGCUUCCAUCGCUCGAGAAGGACCCGACCGCUGGCAAAGAUGAUCUCACCGACUUUUCACGCGCUCCCGGCCCAUCGACGGCAAAGUCCGCGUUAACCACUACCACUACCAACACUAAUAUAAGCUCUCUAGGUCUCGUGCAAGACGGAACCUGGACGACCGGUCGUACAAAUCUGGCCGAUGGCUGGCCGGACCAAACGGGUGAUACCGACAGCAAAGACUGGACCACCACCGCCGCCAACAGCACCUCUGCGCAGGACAGUUCCGCAUUCACCGACCUAGUACCUGAGUUUGAACCGGGCAAACCAUGGAAGGGAACACAGCUUAAGAUUGAAGACGAUCCUAGUAUUACGCCGGGCAGUGUGGCCCGCUCGCCGCUCUCGAUUGCCACCGCCAAAGACUCGGAGCUGUUCGGUGGCGUUGGAUCCGUUACCGAGAAGACGUCCCCCAUCGCAGCCGACGCAGCCGGAGGUCUGAAUCUUACGUCUUCCGCCUGGAGCUUCAACACCGCUUCGCUAACCUCGGCCGCGGGCGGCACCAAACCGUUGGCCGGUAAAUCCGUCUGGUCGGACAGCUCAUCGUCCGGCAGUAGCGGUAAUGGCGCGACCGUAAGCAACUCCGCUGCCGUUGACGUUUGGUGCACACCGAUUGCGAAGCCAUCCGCCACGCGCGGCCCACCGCCCGGAUUGGGAGGUGCAGCGGCCGCCAACAAGAACGGAAGUGCCUCGCAAGCACAGCGCGUUGGGAAUGGUGGUGGUUGGGCCAACGGUACAUCGUGGCUUUUGCUGAAAAAUCUUACUUCCCAGAUCGAUGCAUCGACGCUCCGCACGCUUUGCAUGCAGCACGGCCCGAUACUAAACUUCCACUCGUAUCCGGCCCACGGGCUAGCGCUCUGUCGGUACGCAACCCGGGAGGAGGCAGUCAAAGCUCAGCAGGCGCUCAACAAUUGUACGCUCGGCACGAACACGGUCGGUGCCGAAUGUCCGGGCAGUGAGGCGGAAGUGCAAACGUAUCUGCAGCAGCUGGGCGGUGCCGCAACCACGACCAGCGUCGUCAGCAGCGCGGUCAGCAGUAGUGGUGCGAGCCUAACGUCCCCGUCCUGGAGACAGGAGCGCACUCCGAGUAGCUCAGGUGGAGACACAUGGGGCGCUGGAUGGGCGAUCGGUGGUGGGUCCGGCAGUGGUAGUGCCGGCGUCUCGGCAGCUAAUCUCUGGGCACCACUCGAUGCCGGUGCCGACAGCGGAACACCAACCAGCUUGAAUUCGUUCCUACCCGACAGUUUGCUCGGACCGGAGCUGAACUAAUAAGCAGCAAGACGGUCGGCUGAUGUCGUUCAUCGGGUGGCUUCUUACACAACCUUUGCCAGCAGUGAUUUAACAACCUUUUCGUUUGAGCUCUUUUAGCGUGUGUGUUUCGUUUCUCUAUCCGGUUUGCGUUUUCCAUCCCCCAGAAUUGUGUUAUUUAUUGUUUUUCAAUACCUCCGGGUACGUAUUAAUAUUACGUAUUUUCAUCGAGUUCUUUUCUUCUGCUUAAUUAUGCAAAACAGAAAUGAAACAAAACUCCUUUCCACCGUUUUAUCCGAGCUUGCUCUAUAAAAACAAACGAAUCAAAGCUGUCCGUGUGCGUAGUUCAAAAACACACAUAAACCAUCCGGUAAACCAAACUGUCUGGCUGGCUGGCUGGCUUACCGGAAUACCGGAACCGUCGCCGUCGCCAUUCGAUGCAGCGUCCUUCAAGGAAGGGGGACAUAUUUAUUAAUUUUAAUAUACACACAUCAUCGCGAAAGCGCAGCAAAACAAUGAUGAUCACGAUCACGAGUGCGAUCAAAAAUGGAUUACGAGGAAGAAGAGUAACGUGAAAACACGCAUUAGAUUUACUAUAUUAUGAAAGGUAUAUACAUAAAUGUUAUUGAAUUAUUUUUGAAAUGAUUUAGGUAUAAUGGAGAGAUAAAUAAAUGAAACCAUUACAUGAUCCUAGCGAA